AGAAAAAAACUCAGUUAGUAGUUAGUAUCAACGGACAAGAAACUAUUCUUCAUAAUUUUAUUUAAAAAAAUGGGAGACCACGUUUAUAGAAGUUACGACAACAUGGAUGUACUUUUCUAUGAACAACAGACACCCACACAAUCAGGAGGUAAUUUCAACAAAUACGACAAGUCCGCCAUGAGGUUAAAUCUGCGACCUACUCAACUGACGGGCCAAGAAAACCACCGGCCGAUAAAUGGAAAAAGUGCAACUGGAAUGUUUCACCAUUCUCCCGAUAUGGGAAUAUUCAAAAUGGUUUCUCCUGAGUUAGAAAGGUUUAUAGGUAGUAACACUGGGUUAACACCGAAAGGGAAUCCCGUUCAACCUUCCUCGCCUGAAUUCCCGCUUUUCAGUCUUGUUUCACCGGAGUUUGAAAAGAUACUUGCUAGUAUACAAAAUAAAACGCCAACGCCUACGCGGAUUUUACGCGAGGGAAACAGCGUUGCGAAACAGCGCGAGGUUUAUGUUCAGGGAUUUGCCGAGGCCUUACAGCACAUUCAUGAUCAACAACAACACACGCAUUUAGAGCAUGGGAAUAACGAACAUGUAAAAAUACAAUAUCAGCAACAACAAAUGAGCGUUCCAGGUACAGUGAGCUAUGGAUGGACAGACAGACGUCAGGAUUCUCACCAAAAUUACGAAUCAAUGAGUAAAGAGAACCCUCAAUGUGACAUGGAAGCGAUGCAUUAUGUAAGCUCAGUCGAACCCUCAGAGGAUUCACAAAACGCUUUAGAUUCUACGUAUAAUCAGAUGGAGCAAAUUAACGAGCCAAAUGAACACAAACUGGACGAAACGCCUUUGCGUAGGAACCAAAACUUGAACGUUCUUCCUCUGCCUCCAAUUGAUUUGGAGCUGCAAGAAAUUGUCAAACGUGAAAGAAAAAAGCAAAAAAACCGCGUCGCCGCUUCUAAAUGUCGACGGAAAAAACUCGAACGGGAAGCUCAGCUCGAGGUUCGGGUACAACAAUUGAAAGAAAAAAAUAUUGAGUUGAACGCUGUAGCGAGCGCUUUAAGGCAACAAGUUGGGGAGCUGAAGCAAAGAGUACUAGAACAUGUUGCUUUUGGCUGUCAAUUACCUACAGUAACUACUGCAGCUUAUUGAUAAAUAUUUAUAUGAAGUGCUUGUUUCAUGUCUACCUUGACACAGCAGAGUUGUCAAAGGAACUGAGAUGAUCUUGUAAUGUACAUAAGCUUAAUGCGAUGCAAAAAACAUCAGUGAAACAGUACUGAUUAAUAGACCCCCUGCAUGUGAAGUCAAAGCAGCUCAAUUUGGAGGACAAAACAAAAGAAUUGUAAUCUCAAGAGAGUUGGAAACCUAUUGUUAUGUCCUCCAUUUGGAGCUGGAUUCCGACGUGCUGCAAGGGGGGUCUAUUAAACUAGCACCAAUUUAAUAGUACCAAAUAGCAAUGAUGAAAAUAUAGAGAACUAUUUUGCACUAUUGAGUUUAAAAAAUCUAGUACCGUUUCACUGUUUAAAGAUUUUGCAUUCUACAAUUUUCGUUAUUUCUGGGAAAUAAUUGACGAUCAAGGAUAUUUGAUCAAGAAUUCUAUUUUUACAAUUAUAAUAUUCUGCGUUUUACUGCUUGAAAGAGAAAAAUCUACGCUUUGAAAGCUGGACUUUCAGUUUAAUCCUUACAAAAGAAAAAAUAAGAUGCUUAGAGCGAAGGCAUUUAAACCGUGAAAUAAAAAUUAUUAGUCAACGUGUAAUAGUCAAAUAGACACAAAAGAAAACAAUGGAAUUGAGGUCUACUAAAGUGUGUUAGUCUAAUAUCUAUUUCACGGGUUUAAUAACUUCACUUCUAGUAGGAUGUUUUAGUAAAGCGCCAUUGCUUACUUUACAUAACCUAUGUAUUCGGAAAACCUAUAUUUAUU